UCUUGCCUCAUGCCGAAGGCCAUCGAAAUAUCUGGAGCCUCCACACUAUCCACCGCUUCGAUCCUUCACAGGAGCUCAAGCAGAGAGAGCGAGGGGACAGAGAAAAAAGGGCACACAUCCACCUUUCCAUCCCUCGCUGCCCCGCCGUCGUCCGUCGCCGGCGGUAGCCGCCUCCACCCGCCAUCCGCCGCCCCAAUCGGGCCAUGCCUCGCCGCUCUAUAUAUGAUAUGCGUCGCCCCCAUCCAUCGCCCUGAUGUCGUCUCUCUUCCCGGUGGCGCCCAGUCGCCGACCUCUGCUGAUGUCGUUUCUCUUCCCGGUGGCGCCCAGCCGCCGACCUCUGCUGAUGUCGUCUCUCUUCCCGGUGGCGCCCAGCCGUCCCUCUCUCCUCUCCAAACAUCCUGGGCGAAAGGAGGCCCAUCGCAUCAGUUGUGGUCGUGGGCUGUGGGCAAGAUGGUGCCAUGGUCCAGGCUGUCGAAGAGGAGCUAUGGAGGCACGACGUCAAAAGCCAUGGAAGGAACCCGAGCUGGGGACGGCAGCGAAGGUGCGCUUCAGGAGAUGCGGACCGUGGUGGGCCUGCCUACCCCUCCAUCAGUCACUUUUUGCGGAAUUUUGUCUGUGCGGGAUCGAAUGUUGAUUGAUUGAUCUUCCCCAUUUCAAUUCACGCUUUUAGAAGGAUCUGGGAGGGGUUGCACUGGAGUCUGCCCGUGCUGCCAAGUUCAAGUUUCGGGUCAAAUUUCUCCUCUCUACUUGAUCCAAUAUGAAGCCUGAUGAUAGUUUAGUGAAUUUUUUGUUUCAGGUUAUUCAGUCUCUAAUAGAGUUUUUUAUAAACACAAGAAAUUGUUGUGGGACAGAAUAGGCAAAGUUUUUAAAAUUUGAGACGCGUGAAUCAGAAUAGAAAAAAAAAUCAUUUAGAGGGACCAUCUGUCUACUUCACCAAACAUCCAUCCUUCUAAUUGUGAGUUAGUAAGACGAUUAAGUACAAAUAAAAACUUCAAGGGGGUGGUUAGAAUCUGAAAAUGAGGAAGGCAAUCAACCUGUGUAAAUACCAAUGGUCCUUCUGAUAUGUGACAUCUUGGAUGUGUUACUUUUUUCUGAUUCUAGAAAUUGAUGGUUCUGUUGUCAUGUUAGAAUAGAGUUAGUUUUGCAUUUAUGCUCCUCAUUUUGUCAAUGUCUUUUUUGGCUUUCGUCUAUUACUUGCUCGAGAAUUUCAAGGUUACCAAUCACUGUUAACUUUGCAGAAAUGUUAGCGAUUUAUAAGUAUGCUGGCUGUCAGUGCUGUUAACACUAUUCAGCCAAGAGACACCGUGUGCUUCUGCCCAACAGCCGCAAACAUGCUGGAAGAUUGGCGCUGUCACUUUCCUUUUGGUAUUAGUGAUCUAUCUUAAGGUUUGCGACCAGGACAAUGGACGCGUGGUGGCCGCUGCUCUCUACGGCCAUCCCAACAAACAUACUACAGAUGUGGAAGGAUAUCUACACAGCUGACUGGUUAGAAAACGUGGCUAGAAGAAUCAAAGGUCAGUGAUUCUAUAUGUGCCUGCUACUUAGAUUUUGCACGAUCUCAUAAAAGCUUCAUGUACUUCAUUGAGAUGUCAAGAUAUCUUGCCAGCUGACUGGUUAGAAAACGUGGCUCCAUUUUGUACUGCGGUCACUUAGCCUGCAAUAACAUGGAAAAGUCUCACUCCUCUUCCAAGGAGUGGCGUCUGUCCUUCUGUUAUGUUGCUAUGGUGCUGGUAAUACCGAAAAAGGGUUUCUCCCUUCUUUAUAUUAUAAUAAAGCAACCAUCACUUUUGUUAAA